GGGGUAGGCUGCGCCAGUUAUAAGGUCGUUGCCCAAGCCGCUGACGUCUUUCGAAUUCGAGACGAGCCCUCAGGCCGUGAGCUGUGUUCCUCGUGGUGGCGGAGAACCAGUGUCCAAAAUACAUGAAUGUCUUUCCUUAUUUUGAAAUGAAGAAAUGAAUGACCAAUAUCAGCAGCUGCUGUCCUUAAAAGAAAAACCAUACACAGAAAAAAAACAAUACAAUACUGACUUUAUGUCCCCAAAACACCGAUUGCAGGAUCAUGACAUUAAUCCAUGUUUAAUGGAAAGCGAUGCUUCUAGAAAGUGUUUGGAAGCGAAUCAAUCCAAUAAGGAUAUGUGUGCAAUCUAUUUUUUAAAGUACAAAAGUUGCCGAAAAUUUUGGCAUGGGAUUAUGAUGCAGAGAAGACAAGAUGGAAUAAAACCACAUAUGCCUGUAGCAGAAGAAAGAAAAACAAUCCUAGCUUCAUUGGGAGGAGCACCAUAUUGACCAUACAGUUUUAUUAAUAUAGGAUGUAUAAUGGUUUUACUAUAAUGGUAUGCUUUAUUUUAUUUUUUAAAAAGUGGUUUCUUGAUAGCUGUAUUGCCACUAUCCUUGUAUUGUAUUUUAU